GGAGCAGGCCGGACACGCUGCGUUAUGCGGCCCCGCAUAAAAACCUCGAAUCCGGACCGUCCGGCACCAUAAGUCACCGGCUUGGUGUCCGCAUCCGCUGGGAAGACCUUCUCUGGAAAAGGAGCACCUAAAGGACUUGACGCUAUGAACAUGAAGGUUCUCUUGGCUCUGACAGCCGUGCUGAUUGUGGCGGCAGCCGAACGCGCAGGCUACAAUGCCGGUGCGUACAACCCGGCUCUUUACAACACCGGAGCUUAUGCCGGUGACUACUACAACCGGGGUUACUACGCUCGCCAAGGCCUUGCCGAUCAGUACUACGGCAGGGACGGCUACUACGGCGCCUACGCUGGCGGACGCUACACAGCCCCGUACCGAUCAGCGUACGGAUACGCUCCGGGAUACGCACCAAGCUAUGGGGCCGGCUCUAACAGGCCAUACAGCGGCGCCUACGGCGGCUACUCUGGCUACAGGGGCUACGGAGCAUACGGCUCACAUGCUGGGUACACAGGUUACCCAGGUUAUUCCGACGGUCGUUACGGGCGUUAUCUUUACGGAGGUGCCUACAACCCGUACGGUUCCUACAGAGGUGGCCUCUUUGACGACCGUUACAACCAAUACAUGCACCAUCGAGGCUACAACACGGCGGCUUACGGUGGAGCCUACGGCCCCUACGAACAGCGCACGUCGCAGGGAUACAGCUACGGUUACACUUCGCCUAACAGCCAGGUCUACAGUGCCGCGGGAUACCGUGCUUAGAGGCGCUUUACGGAAGGGUAACCGUCUCGAGUUGCGUAACACGACGUCCGGCAUUGCUUUCGUAGACAACGUCGGCAGAUGAUUUUGGUCGUACUUUUCAUUUUUUUAUAUCGUUUCAGCCACAACCUUUUUUUUUUGUAAUCAGCGAAACGCAAAAACGAACACAUCCUGCGUAUGACUGGUGGUGCCCAUGCAAUAAAUUAGUUUUUUACAACAUCA